AUCAUCACCGUCCCUACAUCUGAGUCCAGGCGGAACGGAGGCGUGUAGGAGGAUCGUGACAUGAUUAUUUUACUCUUAAAAUUAUAAUCGGAUGAAAUGAAACCAGACAUUUGACGAAAAGAGUCUCGGCUGUGAAUUUAAAGUCACCUUGAAUGGAAAGUUGUUGAUCGGAGUCGACGGAUCAGCGCUCUUGGUUAGCCUAAGGACAGAGAUUAUUGACAUCUGACACUAGGAAUUAAAAAGGCAUCUUCAUGGCAGCUUUAGAAAACAAUUUCCCACCUCUUCCUCGUUUCAUUCCCCUGAAGCCAUGCUUCUACCAAGACUUCAACGAGAUCCCAGAACAACGUCGCACCAUGUGCAAACGCUUGUACUAUCUCUGGAUUUUGAACAGUGCUACGCUGGCGGUCAAUCUGAUUGGUUGUCUGGCAUGGAUGUGUGGUGGAGGCGGGGCCACUAAUUUUGGAAUGGCUAUAUUGUGGCUUAUUCUCUUCACUCCUUGCUCUUAUGUCUGCUGGUUCCGGCCCAUUUACAAAGCUUUCAAGACUGACAGCUCUUUCAACUUCAUGGCAUUUUUCUUCGUAUUCAUGGCUCAGGUUGUGAUCAGUAUUAUCCAGACAGUGGGCAUCCCAGGCUGGGGAGUCUGUGGGUGGCUGGCCACCAUUACAUUUUUUAGCACUAAUAUCGGCUCUGCUGUGGUCAUGCUGAUUCCCACUAUUAUGUUCACAGCUGUUGCUGUACUGUCUUUCAUCGCCCUCACCAAGGUCCAUAACUUCUACCGUGGCAGCGGAGGGAGCAUGAGCAAGGCCCAGGAAGAAUGGACAACAGGUGCUUGGAAAAACCCCCACGUACAACAAGCAGCCCAGCAGGCAGCUAUGGGUGCAGCCCAGGGAGCAAUGCAGGGCCAACAGUACUCUGCCCCUCCAACCUACAACUAUGAUGAACCCAUGUAAUGUGUAUUUGGUAGAAAACUUUUAUGAGUGUUAGGCCUGUUUUAUACUUGACAAGUGACUAUGCUUAUGUGUGCAGCCCUAGCUGCAAUGUUAGUGAACAAACAACAUUUACAUCACCUCAGAUGGCCUGCCUAAUCAGGUGUCCAUGUUGUAUACAAAACAGGCUUUUUUUUCCCUGUAGUAGGGUAACUGAUAUGUUUUAAUGUACAAAACUCUCUAGAAUAGUCUCUAAGUGUGCAAUUUGGGACACCACUCUAGUUUGUCCAGUCUGUGGCAGACAUUAUGUCACAUUGCACUAUACUGCCUACACUAUUUACAUUGGGCACUGAACACCUACCUGCAUCAACAAACACUGCAACACAUGCACACAAAUAUGCACAAUCACCACCCUAGAUUAAGGUUGGAUAUGGGUGAAUGCAAUUUUCCAUAAGCAUGUGCAUAGUUAAAAGCAAGUAUAAACCUGGCCUUACAAACAUAUUAGGGAGGGGGAAGGGGGCUCACACAGAGAAUUAUAAUUAGAGCAAAUAACUGACCAUUUUAAUGGCAAAACAAUAAUGCGUAAAAAUGGUCUCAAUUGUUGUGUAUGGUAGAGUGAAAUAUCAUUUUUGUUUUUGAAGCUAAGCUUUCUCAACUCUUAUCCCAGAGGCCCACUGCCCUAAAGUUUCAUGUUCCUCUUUCCUAGCACUCAGGAGCUUAUCAUAAAGCCUCCUGCGAGUUAAAUCAAGAAUGUUUGGGAGCAGGAAAACCUGAUAGUGGCACAAGGCACCUCCAGGACAUGAGUUGAGAUUUUCUUUUUUGGACCCCAACAGUAACACAUUAUGUCUUUGUAAUGGCUGUAUUCUAUUUCUGCCUAGAGUAUAUCUUAAUUGAUUAUGCAUUCCAUUGUGUUCCUUUAGUAUUAGAGCCCUUGAUGAGCCAUCUGUAUAUUUGUAUUUCUAUAUGGUUAUUUGUCGUUAAAACAACUAAAGGCAGACCCUGGGAGUAAUAAUUGUAAAUCAGUUACAAAAAUUUAUGUGAAAUAACUUAAUAAUAAAUGCAGCAACUGAGAUAGCUCCUUUUUGCAUUUUAGUUGCUGAGCCACAUUUUAUCCAUCCUCACAAUUUGCCUUUUCCUAGGUCUUAACACUUUGUCUUGCUUUAUAAUUACCUCAUUCUAGUUUGUCUGCUAGGACACGAAUAGCCAUACACUUAUACACUUACCUUUGAUUGAUUGGUUUUGUAACAGUAUAAGUUAAAGAAAUGUGUACCUCAAACAGGUGUCAAAAUAUUUUGCUUUCUGGUAAAAGGUCAACCUGAGAAAACCCUUGAUGAUUAUUAUUUCAGAGCUGCAUUUCCAAAAACAUGAUGGCUAUACAGCGGCCAUUAGUUAAUGGCUUAGAAGAACUGAAGUGUAUCCUAAAACUGCUUGACUUCAGUGCCUGCACCAACAAUCAUUGAGCCAUGAAAUACUGAUUUAUUAUAAAUCACGUCUGGCCUAGUCUGAUUUAAUGUUGUCUUUGCCAUUAUUGCAGUGAAGUAUUGUCCUGCAAAUUUGUGAGUAAAUCUUUCUGUGCAUUUUGGUGAAGACAUACAGUGUGCUGACAUAUUUUGUUAAGAUGUUUAUUUGGGUAAAGCAGGGGUUAAAUGCCUGCAGGUAAAGCACACUAGUCUCUGUUUGAAUAAUACAGUGUGAAUCCAUUUAAACUCAGACUUUUGUUAUUUUCUAAUAGGAAAAUGGACUUUAACAUAGUACUUAAUUUUGUGUAGAUAUUUGCUGUGAUACAGUGACUAGUACUUGUUGUGAACAAUUUGCAUAUUACAUGGUUUUGAAUAUACUGUAUGUAAAUUCCUCAAUCUUAGUCACCCUAGUAAGGCUGGUAUAUUUCAAUACAUGUAAUUUGUUUUGAUGUAAAUUGAACUUAUCUGUAGUCUGAAUGAGUUAGUGAGAUGUGGUUAGAUUUUAAUCGAAAUAACUAAACAAUCCUCAUAUUGCUAUUUAAGUAUGCUUAAAUCUAACCAACAUAAGAACAUAACAUAAAUAAGUAAAUAGUUUGAGAUUACAACAUACAUGUACAGUUUAUGAAAUAUGUAAUCACAAUGUCUUAAACAAGGCUUGUACAAUAGCAUCUCAUCCCAAGAACUGUAAAAUGGUCCAAGUGUUUAGGUGUUUAGGUUCAUGUGUAUAUUAAUGUGUAUGGUUGCAGUCCUAUAACUUGAUUUUGGUUUUCAAUUAUUACUAUCAUUUAGCAAAUGAAUGAUGCUUUAAUGUUAAACGUAUCAUGGCUGUUUUACUGGUAUUGUUAAAACUAGUUCUAGUUUUUUAGACAUAGUGUUGGUAGAAGUUGGCAGUUUUCUUGAGUGCCCAUGAAAUGGGUACUAGAUCAGCAUAAAGUGUAUACUACUCCCUAGAGCGAUUUUAAUUCUCUGCUAUUGUCCACAACUUUUUACUGCCCUAAAAUGCUGACUUCACAUUUAAAUUCCAAUUUGGUAUAUUCAGAGCAAAGUUUUCCUAGAUACUGUAAAAAAUAUAGAGUAUAAAGAGUAAUGUGAUAAUAUUAAAGUUUAUGUCAGAUGCACCAGCAGCAGGAUUGGCCAGUGUCUAUCGCCAUCACACCCAUUAUACUCUAAAUGCAUAUAGUAACCCUAUUAAAAGUAGAAAAGGUUUUGUUCAUAGUGUAAAGUGAAUGAGUGGUGAUUGAUAAUAGAACUAAAAAGGUAGUUGUCUACAUAUGGUGUGUCAUGUGGUGCUUGGUAAAUCUGUGAACCUAAUCAAACCUUGUGCCAUGUGUAGAUAGAUGUUAUUUGUGUGGUUUAUGUCGAUUUUACUGUCCACCCCAACACGGAAUGUAUUGUUCACUUCAGGGAAAGAGGCACAUAUAAAGUCCACAUUAGGGGUUUUCUUUUUCUCUCUUUAUAAUUUAAAUUUAAAAUUUUGUGCUUUAUGUUGACAAUAAACAUUCCUUUCUGAUAUAAA